AUGCUGUCGGGUGUCUUUUUGACUAUCCAACCACAAAAUGUUAAUUCUAGUUCAAAUUUGAUCAUUACUGGUUCAAAAGACUUUACAAUAAAAGUUUGGCGAUUACCAAAUCUUGAGGUUGACCCAUCAUACAUACCUUCAUCGCAAUCAGAAUUUGAUAAUAAUAUUCUGGAAACAGUGACGGAACAGUUAAAAUCUGGAGCAUAG